GAACAACCUUGCAACAAGUGUGAUAAUUUCGACACGGUUGUUACAAGUUGUCAACAAGUUGUUCCAAACUUGUUGACGAGCCGUUGGUAGACUUGUUACAAGAUGUGAGAUUUUUACGUGUGUAUCUUCAAAUAAAUUUCUUGACACCCCCACGUGACGUCACAUGCAAUCCGAGAAUACAACGAUGAAUCAUCGUUGUUAAUUGUAUUAAAACUUUGUACAACGAGUUGUCUUUGUAAUUUGUAUCAUCAUGUUUUGUGAAGGCAAUGAUCGUAUAGCACCACCACCAGAACUCAAUAUCACACUCCCGACAGCGAGGGAUUUUGAUAGUGAACCAUAUGACUGUUCAAGCAAUGAGAUUCAGUCACAACUACCAACAGUUAUUCUGCUAAUAACAGCAAAUUACCAUAAUUCAAUGCUUGCUAUUCACAUAUGAAGCAUGUUCAACGAGGUUAUUCUACGAAACUGGGAAUGGUAGAUUUUGGUCGAUUUGGCAAUCAGAAUAACCCGAAUGUGAGAGUUGCAUUGAUGAAAUCUUGGCAGGCACUGACUGACGCUGUGAUAGCUGUGAGAAAUGCCGCUGAAAUUUUAAACCCAAAAGUAGUCCUGUUUGUCUGGAUCUGUGCAAGCAUGGAACGGGCGAAGGCAAAACUUAGCGAUGUCGUGAUUUCUGCCAAACUGGCGACUUAUGAUGAUAGGAAAUUCAAGGCAGAUGGUACAGUUGUGUAUCGCGGGACUAAACCGAACGUCAGUAAAAAUAUGGCUCGUCUUAUAAUCAAUGCAGCUCAUGGUUGGAAACCACCGUUAAAAGACCCGAAAAGUUUAGACGUUGAAGUUCACCAUGACGCUGUGAUGUUAAGUGGCUCGGAUUUAGUUAAUAAUCGUGAAAGACGACAAGAGUUACUGAAUUCGUUCCCGGACGCACUUGGUCUUGAAAUGGAGGGUGCAGGUAGGAACUUCCCGCAUCAUUCAAGCCUUCCACACCAAUUAGGCUUCGAACGGUGUAUCAAUCUGUCAACCUGUUCAAGCAAACUCCUGAGGGGGAAGGAACUUAAAGGAAAAUGACAAUAUAAAAUUUUUAUUUUCUCAUUUGUAACUAUAUAUGUAACUAUAUAUUGACCUUUUUUACCGAUUGUUCAUAUCUUGCUUAGUUCUUGAAAUAAUUUCACUUGGAGUAAUGAGAUGUCCGCCAUCUUAGAUAAAUUUUUUAUCUCAUUAACGGUAGUUUUGGUGACGUCACAACGGAAGAAGUUAUUUCGCUGACCUCAGAAUGACAUUUCAAAAUUUUUUCUUCAAGAUUGGUUUGGAAACAAACUUGGAGUAGGGUUAGGUUAGGUUAGGUUAGGGUUUCGCGUGACCCCUGUUGUGACGUGACAUGCAUAUCUACAAAAAUUGAAGAUGGCGGACAUUUCAUUCCUUUCGAUCAAAAUAUUUGUAGAAGUAAGCAAGAUAUGGAAAAAAACGGUAAAAGAGUAUUAUAUAUAGUCCUAACAUUUUUCUUAAAUGAGAAAAGAAAAAAAUAUAUUGUCAUUUCCUUUUAAUGGGAGAUUUCUAGUGUCUUUAAUACUGAACAGAAAUUAACUGAGAUUUAUAACCCAAAACAUGAUUGGGCUUGAUGCGCUAUUACUGCAAAAUGGGUUAGCGUUAUGCCUAUGACAUGAUCACACGUCUACAUUUUUGUGCUUAAAUUUUAGGUCUAUAUGCUGCUGUGUAUGAUCUUGGCAUAGAAUGGGCUGUAAUUAAAGCAGUGUCGGAUUUUGCUGAUGGAAGUAAAGAGAAAACAAAACUUUGGCAGCCAUUUGCCAGCGCAAUGGCGGCAUCUGUUGUAUAUAUGUUUAAAUAUCCUGUUGUACUAAAAGACUGGCGUCACUACCACGCAUAAGGUAGUUAUUCUGUUUGACCGACUCCACACGUUUCCAUCGACCAGUUUCUUAAAAGUAUUGCUGGUACAACAGAAGGCACGGCAUAUGCCAACACAAUUAAAUUUUGCCAUCUUCAUUUCUUCCUCCCGUAUCUCAUAUUCUACUACAUCCCCUAAAAUCAACACGUUCACCUUUAUAUUCAAAUGACUAUCAUUUGCCCUUUUCAUUUUCAUCCUUCUUACCAC